CUGACGUCGUUGGUCUGUUUACGUUACCAAGGAGAAGAGCCACACACCUUAUCGAAACACUAAGGACGCUACUUGCGUUUUAUCUCAAGAAACUUCAGCGCUAUCUACAAGCUCAGAAAACAGUUGGAGGAACAACACCCUCAAAUGGUGAGUUCCGAGAAAAUAUAAAAAAAGAGAACGACAGGCAAUAAGAAACGUUUUGGCCAAGAAAGAGGGACAGUUGAGAGGACUAUUAUUAUGGACAUAUGUCCACACAUGAUAGAACAUAUACUGUUGUGUAGGUUAAUUCUAAGCCACAAAUAGGCUAUAAUAAUUAAGAGACAGAAGUUUGUAAAAUCUAAUAUUAUUCUAGGCCUAAAUAUUCUUUAAUCAUAGAAAUGUGAAACACUUGAUAUCAGCAUAGCUUUCAAUUUAAAGUUAGGUUAUAAUAUAAAUUGAGUUUAUUCAUUUGAAAUGCAAGGCAUCCUGACAUAUUGGGCCUGUGUCCAAUUUUAUCAUGUGUCAGUGACAGUAGUUUUUUACCCAUAGACCUAUCAUCAGUGCCAGAAAAGACAGUCUCCUAAUACAAAACUCUAAUUCCUUUGUGGUUGUUAAGUUAUCCUAUCACUUUUGGUAUCAUAAAACGUGUGCGUGUUUCAGCUUUAUCAUCGACCUUCAGGAGCUUCUUAAUGUCAUGUGCCCUCAAUACAUCUUUGUAAUUCCUCCUAAACCCCUCUCUAACAGAUUACACUGCUGUGAAAGCUUAGUGGACUCCAGCAAUCUGUUACAGAGGCCCUUCCUUGCUCACCAUUCCCUGCCUGUUUUAGACUGAGGCAUAUGGUCUUAAGAAAGGGAGUUUUGUUAUAGACUUGACUGGAGCAAGCAAUGAAAUUAUAGAGAAGAUAGAACAUCAUACUUUUAUGCAGUUUUCUCUGUUUUCAGUUCAAUUUAUUAAGUGAUUUAGGGCAGACAUUGCAGUGCAAAGUAUUUUCAAAACAUUAUUUUCAUAUUUGAUGGAGAGCAGUCUCUUGCAUGUGUCUUGAAAUUCAAUUGAAUGGACCAGUCUUAUUUAAUCCUAGAGAAUAAUCUAAUUCAGCGGCCUUGAAUCGACUAGCCUAAAUACAGACAGUAUACACAUGUGGUAUGAUUAUUAACCCUAGAUGUGACAAUUUUAUUGUGCAAGUAUGGCUUUUUAGAAAGCUGUUGGUGAUAUGAAUAUUCAAACUUCCAUUCAACAAUGAUCACCUAUAACUGCAUCUGAAAUCACUCUGAACAACAAACAAAUUAAAAAGUCAGAAUUAGCCCAAGGGACCAAAUGGCCUAGUCAAUUCUGCAGUGUCUAAUCCAGAUAAGCAACCUGCUUUGAAAUGUCAGUUUUAGUCUCCUUUAUUGAACAUAGUAUAGCUAUAGUAUAGCCUCUGUCAUUUUAGUGGUUUGAUAACUGUUUGAUAUAUUUAGACUAUAUUGUAUCAGAAUACAACACAAAGCAACUGGGGUCAUAGCCUAUAUGGGCAAUGCUGUGUCCCUGUCGUAAGCAUGACAUGACAUGUUUACCUCAAACAAACCUCUGUACUGUAGUAGCCAACACUCUGACUACUGUUGCUGUGUCCCUUGAAAUCCAAUUGCCAGUCAUGCAGGGUUGGGAGUCGGGAGCUUGGGACAGAGUUAGUACUGGUAAGUGAGCAUGAUGGUGAUGUAAUGUCCUAUUUAUAUCCCAGUGGGGUUAAUCACCGGCAGGCCACGCCUGGCCACUAAUGUGUCAUGUCCCUGGGUAGUGUGACGACGGCGUCAGCUCAGCCUCAGGCCCUGCUGUCACACACUUAAUCCUCCUCCUCACCUCUUUCUCAACGAGGAGGAAGAGAGGACGUUCUCUACUUCUUUACUUUCAUUCAACAGCCCUUUCAUUGAGAUAGUUAGGAAUAUACUUUGGGAGCUUCCACUACUGACAGUCCUGUUUUGUUGUUGUUUAUGAUUUCCUGUAGGCGACUGGUUACCUUAAAGUUGACAGUAUUGUAUUUUUUCUGUGUUGUUGAAGAUAUGCCAGGAUCAGGAAGGAGUGUAACAUUUGGCUGACCUCCAGUGUGGCGAUCCCAUCAGGAGAGAGCAAUGGCACCAUUCCUGUGUGACCUUCUGUGAAUCCCACCAAUGAAGAACAUCAUAUAUUGAUAUAGUGAGCGAGACAGAGAGUGUGAGAAAGAGAGGACUGGUAGAACUAUCAUUUAGGAGAGAGAAGCACCCUGAAUCUCGCUCAAGCUGAUGAUUCUGAGACAAUGAAUCGCUACACGCAACUGAAGCAGUUGGGAGAUGGCACUUAUGGCAGCGUGCUCAUGGGGAAAAGCAACGAGUCGGGAGAACUGGUGGCCAUCAAGAGGUAUGUAUAGUCCUACACUGGUGGCUAUUAAGAGGUACGUAUAGUCCUACACUGGUGGCCAUCAAGAGGUACGUAUAGUCCUACACUGGUGGCUAUUAAGAGGUACGUAUAGUCCUACACUGGUGGCCAUCAAGAGGUACGUAUAGUCCUACACUGAUGCCUAUCAAGAGGUACGUAUAGUCCUACACUGAUGCCUAUCAAGAGGUACAUAUGUAUAGUACUAAUACACUAGUCGAGGGUCUGGGUGGUUUGUUUACUCACAUGGUUUUGUUCUGAGAGGCUAAAGGCAUCAGCAUGCUUCAGUUCGGCUGGCGCCUAGGCUAGGCGAAACCGAACGAGUGUGCUCGCAUACUCCCUUAAAAGACCUUCGCUUGAAAAACAAGAAAAAAGCGGCAAUAGUACUGUUUGUCCAUUUUGAGAUGCCAUGGCCAGUAUACACUUCCUCAAAAUAGUCAGAAUUAAUCUAAUAUAACUCAAGAAAUCUUAGCCGCAUAAUUUUACAUUAACUAAGAUGUUUGGUGCAGUAUUUCUCAAUGAAAAAAUGUGCAUGAAAACGAGUUGUCUCUUGUUGAAUGACAACAAAGACUUUAUUGAAGAAUCCCUACUGUUGACCUAUCACCAAAGAAGUGGCAUAGACUUUGGCUACCAACUUCGGUGUGCCCGAACAGCCGAAAAAAAAACCUUACCGAAGUCCAAAACGGCAAAAAAUUUAAUCAUAAUAUAUGCACAAACUCUUCCGAACUGUUUCGGAGGGAAGCAUGCGGACGCCUUAAGUGUACUCACAAGCGGCCAUUUUGAAGCACAUAACUGCACUACCAUCCUAAAAUACACCUUCAUGAGUCAUGAUGAUUGAAACACCUUCAUGCCUGGCACAACGUAGCAUCAAGGAAGUGUAUAUUCAGCUGACAGAAAGGGGAGGGUUAAAUAUAGGGAUCGAUAUUGGUUAAGUUCAGGAUUAAUGUUAGGCUUAAGGUUAGAUUUAGGGUAACCAGGAACCAUACACAAUUCUCUGGCUGUAUACUACAUAGCUACAAUCAAAUCCGGCUGAAGUCUCACUUUAGGUUUCCCCAUGACUAAGGCAAGCCAGCUUACAAGUCUGCCUUUCAUCAUGGAGGGUAGGUUGAAUAAUGGAUGCAGGGGGGGGGGGGGGGGGGGGGGGGGGGGGUGAACGCUUCGUUACCAUGCAAAGUGAUAGCCAUGGUGACGGUGAAAGGAGUGAAAGUAGUCCGCAGUGUUGUGUUGCCGCAGAGAGAGGCAUUGGCGGAUGCCCUGGAGGAGGAGGAGGAGUGUGAUAUCGGCAUGUCCCCGUUACAUAAUAUCAGACGGGAGUGUCAGAAUAAAGUCUCUGGACGGAUCAGGUUGUACUAGAGUGCCAGUUAUACCAGGUGGUGGACCUACUAUCUACUAAACAUAGCAACAUGUAUUAGCUGACAUGUAAUGAACACCUCCAAUGUUAAUUGGGAAUAAGGUUUCAUUUCAUGUACAGUACAUCUGUAAAUGACGCCUUGAUGAUGCAUUAACGCCUUGUUUUACAGUCCUGUUUCAGUUAGUGUUUACCUAGCAUUUAUUGAAAAGAUGUGGUCACUAUAUAGAUAGAUACAUUUGGGGCACUUUUUUGAAAGAUUUAGGCCUAAUAAUAAUUAAUAUCUUAGUAUCACAAACUUAGUAGUGGUGCUUUUAUAGAUUACAAAGAAACUGAAAUGGAACUAUUAGCCUAUUCUUAUGUUAUAUAUUAGUGUGGGAUUUCUAUGUAAUUAGUGGGCUGCAGAGUAAAAAAUUAGAUUAGUAAAGCAUAACGGAUGUUCCUGUAGGGUGAAAAAAUGGCAUUGAAACUGUAAACAUCAUGCCAUUUGUCUCGUUUACAGAAUGAAGAGGAAGUUUUAUUCGUGGGAAGAGUGCAUGAAUCUGAGAGAAGUGAAGGUGAAGAUUGGUACACAACACAUGAUUAACAGAAUGUUUUAGGUACAUUUCAUGUUUCGUAAGGGAUGGUAUCAGCACCAACUGGAAGUGCUUACAAUUAUCACUAACAACAAUGACAAUCGUGUCUUGCUUAUGGAAUUCAAUUAUUACAUUUCAGUUGCUAUUUUAUGAUGAUUAUAUUCUAAAGAAUGUUUGUCACUAUAUUUAAUUUAAAGACAUCAUCAUAUUUCAUCAUCUUGGUCCAUCCCAUGAUGUAUUUCCACAGUCACUGAAGAAGCUGAAUCAUGCCAACGUGGUGAAGUUAAAGGAAGUCAUCAGAGAAAACGACCACCUGUACUUUGUCUUUGAAUACAUGAAAGAGAAUCUCUAUCAGCUCAUGAAGGACAGGUAAGGGCGUUUAAUUUCAAACUACAAAACCCUGAAACCAUGAAAAUGGUUUAAUAGAUAAUGCUUGUUGGGCAAGUCAUUUAUUUAAGAGUGGGAAACAACAGGGUUGUGUUCAUUUGGCACCAAACAGAAGAAAAUGGAAAAAGCCGUGUUUUCCGUUACGAAACGUUAAAAGAUGUUUUCCGUUCCGUGCCCUUAUGAAUACAACCCAGAAUUAAUUUGAAGUUUUAUAUAGAGUCUUAUCAAUUGACAAUUCUAUCAAUUCUUCAUUUGCAGAAAUAAGUUGUUCCCUGAAUCAGCGAUCAGAAACAUAAGCUUUCAGAUAUUACAAGGCCUAUCAUUUAUCCAUAAACAUGGUAGGUCUCCCGCAUAAGAACCACUUGACUCUGUCCUCUGACACACCAAGGACAACUGGGGCUACAGUGGUCUCAGCUGUCAUUGGCGCUCCCAUCAUUCAUAGAGUUGGCUAUUGUCUGUAAACACUGACAAAUAUUUAGCCUUUCACACGCUAGCUAGCUAGCACCUGGCUGGCUGUCACCCUUGGUUAGACCUCCGUUGUCUUGUCUUGUUGUUUCGGUGAACGGACAUGUGGAUACCUCACUUGUGCAACCCAGUGUUAAAAAGCACUUUAAACUCUUGAGGUAAACAGGUUUCUAGUCCAUCUGGCCUGUUAUAGCGUGAGUGACUUGGCAAGAGUUGUUCUUUUCUCACACACCACGCUAACUCAGUCUGUGCUUGUCCAACACGACCACGGUUUCCACUAGUCCUAUGGGCUGUAUGCAUCCUGGGGGCUGUCUCCUUAUCUCAUCUCUCUCUCUUUUCCUAUUUUGUCUCUUUUCUUCUCCCUCCUUUCUCUUCUCCUCUUGUGUGCCUUUCCUUUACGCCGCCAGGGAAAAUAAGAUGUUCACUGAGAAUGAAAUUAGGAACAUCAUGUUCCAAGUGCUGUCUGGGAUGGCGUUUGUGCACAAGCAUGGUGAGAUGCUUCAUCCUCCUGCUGCUCUUUUGUCUACUGUUUGCGUGACAUGGCUUUUUGUGAAUUAGCAUACUACUCCAUGUCGCAAAACCGCAUAUGAUGCAUAUUAAAGGGAUGGUUCACUCCAUUGUCUUGGGAUUAAAGGGAUGGUUGGUUCAAAGUUAGUCCGAUAUCUUCCUCAAAAAGUGGUCUAAAGUCAAGCAAAGUCCUUAUUGUAUGCUUGUUGUGUGUAGAUCCCAGUACAUUAGAAUCCAUCUAUAGAUCUCAAUCCCAAAUUAAUGUACUGAACUAUCAAUUUAAAGCCAUUAGAAUAUAUUUUGACUGAAUUAUUCAUGUAAAACUAAAAUCCAUAACAGCAAUCAAGUAUGAAAUGUGGUCUUCACCUAGACACACCAUGAUCAAAAUAAAUAUUUAAAACAUCCUUCUGGAUGACUUGUGAAGAGGUUGAGCUGAGUGUUCUCCAUGACCUCUUGCGUAGGAUUCUUCCACCGGGAUAUGAAACCUGAAAACCUGCUCUGCAUGGGCCCAGAGCUGGUCAAGAUAGCCGACUUUGGAUUGGCCAGAGAGAUCCGCUCCCGCCCCCCAUACACGGACUAUGUGUCCACAAGAUGGUGAGGUACCCUCCAUAGUUCAGUGGGAACAUUUGGUCCCCUCUUAUUUUAAACAAUGCAUAAUGAAGUUGAAAAAUCACUGUGCUGUUGUUGUGUCUAGGUAUCGCGCCCCAGAGGUGCUGCUCAGGUCGUCCAUCUACAGCUCUCCCAUAGACAUGUGGGCAGUGGGCUGCAUCAUGGCUGAGCUCUACGCCCUUAGGCCUCUGUUCCCCGGGAACAGCGAGGUGGACGAGAUCUUCAAGAUCUGUCAGGUUCUGGGCACAGUCAAGAAGGUAAGCGAGAGAAGAGCAACCAAUCCUCUGUCUACAGAGAGAUACAGUAUUAGUGUGUUAUAGUUUAAAUGAUGUCCUGGUGAAAAUGUGUGUGUGUGUUGGAAGUAAUCCAGUAAACCAGCUAUUCAUGCUCAAUUAAGCUGAUUAGAAUAAUACAGUUUUCUAUUGACAUGUGUAAUUCUUGUAAUGGAAUGUGUUUCUAAUAAAAAACUAUCGAAUUAGCUCUAAUGGGUAUGAAUAGUUGACAUACUGUAUUGCUUCCAACAUACACAGAUAUUGUGAAGCAUUGAGACAUCUAAUACUGAGUGAACAUAGUUCAUGAAACCUCAUACAGUAGUUAUGUCUCUAAAUGAACUUUCCUCUCCUCUCCUAUUGUACCAGUCUGACUGGCCGGAGGGCUACCAGCUGGCCUCGGCCAUGAACUUCCGCUUCCCUCAGUGUGUGCCCACCCACCUGAAGACCCUCAUCCCCAACGCCAGCACAGAGGCCAUCGCCCUGAUGAAGGACCUGCUCAUGUGGGACCCUAAGAAGAGACCCACGGCCGUGCAGGUAUAAAGGCAUCACAGUGCUGUAGCCUGGUCCCAGAUCUGUUUCAGCUCCUAUAUGUAACUGAUGGGGCAUGGUAAAAACUCACUCCUCAGCUUGAAAUGUCUCCAUCCACGCCAGCUGGCUAAGACGUUGUCAAGAGACAGUCACAUGUGAUUGCGAGACUGAGGUCCUGAGUUCCAGUCUCUGUGUGAGCUGGUGAGGGAGGAAGAGGUACGGUUAAGCAGCACCGUAACGCCUGUUACAUAGUCAUUGGCUAGGUGUGCUGUGAGUCAUGCCCCACAAAGACUGUCUGAUUACCCCAAGGGCCUCAUGAGGCUCUUCCAUGUGCUGCUUACGCAAUACUUGUUUAUGGCUGGUCAACAUAUUUACUUUAUGUGCCGGAGUCAGGUCUAGAGGUGGAGCAUCCCCCUGGCGAUGGGGGUUCAAUCCCCAGGUUGGCCAUUCUCCAGUUUUUUUUCUUCUUGCUGUUAUUCUAAAUAUUGCUGUGGUUAUGACUUUGUUGAAUGACGACCUACUAGAGUGGGUCUUAUUGAAUAGAUAAUUGAGUUAAUUCCAUGAUGGGAAACAGUGUAUUUUGAUAACAAAUUAAUCCUAUUCAUAUCCCCAUUCUGUGUGUUCUAGGCUCUGCGGUACCCUUACUUCCAGGUGGGCCAGGUGUUGGGGCCUCGGCCCGGGAGUGAGAUACGCAAGGCCACGGUGAGGACUCAAUCCCGAGGCUCAUCAGAGCCCAAAGGUGAGCUGCAGUCCUCUUCAGCAGACUCCUCUGCCCGGACUUCCCAGGGCCACCACCCCAAAGCCUCCAGCAGACACCACCAGGCCCCCCAACAGCCACUCCAGCAGACAGACCAUCAGACUGACCAGACAUUUUCACAUGGCCAAGUCACUAACUCCAACACGGUGAGUGGAAUAACUGCAAAACAUGUUAAAAACAGUAAUUUUAACAUUAUUACACAGUCCCCCCUUGAAAUCAAACUCAGAGACGUCUGUGUAUCUAUUUGGACUUGGACAUAUAACUGAAUGAUUCAUGACCUAUGAAAUGUAUUGCGUUUGGCAGAAGCCAUCUGCCGUGGUGGGGACCGGGACUGGGAGUGAGAACAGUGCAGCGGUAGGUCUGAAGAGCGGGCGGAGGCGCUGGGGCCAGACAGUGGUAAAGGCCACAGAGAGCUGGGACGAGUCAGAACCUUCUGAGACCUCUGUGUCCCACUCCAAGAAACCCAGCCUGGGAUCAGAGGAGGAGAAGGGCCACAAGGACCAAAGUAAUCCGCAGUAAGAUGAUCAAUGAUUGUAUUACUGUGGAGGACCACUCUCCUCUUCCUCCCUGCAUAGACGUCUCCUGGUAUUGAUUUACUUGUAACGUUAUGUUUCCAUUUAAUGUAUUAUGCCACAAACCAAUUCCCUUUCUGUGACAAUAAAGUUCUACUACUACUAUUAGUGCAAACGAUGAGAAAGAAAAGUGGCCUUUACAGUUAGCUACCCUAUUAUAGGUUGAUUUACCUGUAGGAGGUUCAUAUUCAAUCUAAUGGAAAUAUUUCAUUGGCUGAGAGGAAUUGUCUGAGUUGUUCCUACUGUUUGAUUUUGUGCCUUUGUCUUUCAGAUCCAAAGAGCAAAAACCGAUAUACUCCUUCAGCACUGUUACUAAGUUACCAAGCAAUAUUAAGAUGGGCCAAAUGGACUCCAGUCUCCCGGGCUCCUCAGCAAGACAACAUUACCUGAGUCAAUCAAGAUAUCUGCCUGGUAAGACCAACUAAAAAUUGGCUUAUUUGUUUGUUUGCUUUAAACAAGGAGCAUGUGAGAUAAGCAAGUCAUUUUUGGGAGGUAUAUUUUCUCAUGUAUCAACUGGUUCCUCUUAUGUCAGUUUCAGCCAUCCAUAUUUUCAGACCCAGCGCUUCUUUCCUUUCAGGGUUGAUCGGCAAGAACUCUAUAGACAAGGAGCCCAGUGGGCCGACACUCAGAGAUCUGUGGGACAACUCCACCAAUGUCAACAGUAAACCCCUUGGUCCCAUUGGAGCUGGUUUGUCCGUCACCAGAGUCAACGCAGGUAACCCUUUGUCACUUUAUAUUACACAUGUACCCUCCUACUCUUAUGCCCCCAUAUCACAAAGGUCCUAAACGCCAUAUGCUUUAGUUCCACAAUGCUCAUUUCCUGAUUCGCCCUGAUCUUUUAGUGGAGGCUCGGCACAAAGAAAGCAACUGUUUGGAGUAUGCUACUGUGCUUAAGCGUCUGGGCCACUUUGGAGACGGGAGCCUCCAUUAUUCAUUUGUCAUGUAGACAGACACACAAUAUGUGCCUCUGUGCUCUCCCUCUGCCCCCCACUUUCCUUAUUCAUGAGAUUAGAGGAGUAUUAAGACAGUUACUUAGGAUCAAGUGUCUCCAAGCCCACCCUCCCACCCCCCAUCUUGAGUUUAUGGACUGGGUGGCCCAAUUUCUCGCCGAAAUCUACAGCAGUGUUCCUCAUCUUUCUCUCUAUGUAACAUUCAUACCCUUUCUGACUUAGAUUUCACUGUGCUUCUCUAAUGACUCGACUACUAUAUUGUUGCUUCAUUUCACCAAUUUCUCUCCUUUCCUCUAACUCUCUCUUCCCUCUCUGCUUGCAUGUGUGUACUGUCUUAUCCCCCCUGUCUUUAACUGUGGGAGCAGAAGACACUGAUAACCCUUCUGAUAAAUCUACGGAUAAAUCUGUUCUAAAAGAAAGAAUACCUGAUUCAGCUAAAGGUACUUUAAUUGUAAAGACUUAGAAUUUAAUGUUCAUGUCUUUGUAUGUUCAUGGAUUCAUGCUUUCUCCUGCUGCUGACCUCUAUUAGCUAAGAUCUAUAGUAAAAUUAAUUCAAGUGGUUUAUUAUUAGGUAUAAUCAUUAGCAAUAUUGCCCGAUUUUCAUAAACAUUUAGUAACAUGUUUUACGUAUCUGUUCUAUGGUGGCUAUACUAAAGUGAAAUAAGUGUUGCUGCUUAUUCAACCAUUUUCCUAAUACUGUGGGUGUGGGUUAACAUGUUCAUGAGCCCCGCCAAUUAUGACACAGCAGGAGAGAGAGCCCAAACACACACUGCUACACGAGAACCACGCUCUAGAUUACUAAAUAGAUUAAGGUUGCUGGAACCAUGGUCAUUUUUAUGACCGAACGCUAAAUAACAAAUGAAUUGCUGCUAAAGAUGUACAAGUGAAGCGUUAUUUGUUAUGAAUAGAGUUUGUCUGUAUUAAAUCAAUCUGGUUUUUGUCUUUCAGGAAACUUUGUCAGUACAAAGUACAAUCUGUCUGGAGGUUAUGUUCCCUCCUUUCAGAAGAAAGAGGUUGGCUCUGUGGGUCAAAGGAUCCAGCUUGCUCCUCUUGCCGGCCAGCACACAAGUAAGAUCCUAUAUUUACCUUUUUAAUUGGCAUAAAAAUGCUCUGGUCUUUGGACUAGAUGGCACAGCAGACACAAAUAAGGCCACUUUGGAGGGAUUCAUACCAUUACAUCCUUUCUCUUUUUCACUGUUUCUGCCAUUUCAUCAUUCUAUACUAUUUUUUUCUUUCCAUUUUUUGCACUAUAAACUCAUCUCUUGCUCUCUGUCUCAGUUGAUCUUUCUACUCCUGAUAACAAAAAUGUCAAACCAAAACCUUCAAAGACAAAGUCCACCUCCAGCACGCCAAUGAGUGAAAACACUGAAGGUAAUGCAGUGUUUCAGUCCCAGGCUAAUAAUAUAAAAUAUGCCACUUAGCAGAUGCUUUUAUCUGAAGCAAAUUACACUACAAUGAGUGCAUUCAUUUUAUGUGUGUAUGUGAUCCCUCUGGGAAUUGAACCCACUACCUUGGUGUUGUUACCACCAUGCUCUUAGAACCGACCCACACAGUUACUGAUGUAGGUGCCAUUGAAGUCUAUUUAUUUAUAGCAAUCCUUUGUUAGUCAAUAGCCUGCCCUUAAACCUGAUAAGAAGCCUGUGAUUAUUUGUUAGGCCACAGUUGGAAAGGGAGCCCAAAGACACACUGGCAUCCAAGAACCAGGGAUCUGCAUUGCUAAAGAGCUGUAGCACUUAAUCAACAUUAACAUUAAUCUACAUUACAUUAACUAGAGACAUUUUGAUGCAUUGUUAUGAGCACUUAUUGGGCUCAGUGAAAGUGACCGGAUGGUCUCCCAGGGAUAUCUGUCUCAAGUAGACAAGGGAGACGGUUACAUUGAGGCUGAGGUAGACACGCUAUAGCCCUGUCCAGAAACAACCCCUCAUGCCAGGGCACUUGCAUAGAUCUGAAAGGAUUGGACAGGUAUAAAAAAUAUAUUUGUUGCUCCACCUUGCCAACACCUGCCCAAUACUCUCAGAUCACAAGUGCCUAUAUGGGUGGUUAAAAAAAAAGAAUUGGUAGAGGGUGUGUUGUUUCUGGAUGGGACCUUGGUGUCUGUGUUAAGAGGGGGUUCUGUAAAUAUGGAAUAGUAAAUUCAGCACAUGGAGGUGUCACUCACUCAGAUCUUUUUUCUUUUCAGAUUAUGACGGCUGGAAAAGGAGGGCGGACAAGCCUCAAAUCAAAGGCCAGGGCUACUCUGCCCUGGGGAAAACCUCUGGCAACCUUCUGACUAGAGGUCCACCUGUACAGCCAGUCCAUGGGAGGGUAGACUGGGCAUCCAAGUAUGGAGGCAAUCGGUAGUGCAUCAAGAGAUGCUGUAAACCCAACUCACAGGUUUAGCCAGUCUUUGCACUGAGAAGGAAAACCCUUUGUAGCUCUGCUCUGAACUUUACUUCCCUCAGUGCAUGUACUUCUGAAAGGCCUCCAAUACAUUACAACUAAGUAACAAAUGUACUGGGAUGUUCAAGGAGAUAUAUACAUGUUGUUGGUUUUAUACUGGCAUCAUUGGGUGAUAUAUGAAGGCAAGACAUAUGCCAGGAGGCCAGUUCCCUGUAACUUGGCGCCAUCUAUGGCAGUGUUUCCCAACUCCAGUCCCC